AUGACUCCCUCUCAUCCUCCUCCUAAAUUUUCCGUAGGCGGUUCUCCGCCAUUCCAGCCUCAGGAUCCUAAUACGCCUAUAAAGUCCGCCCAUCCUCAUCGACCACUGCUCGAGACCUCUCCUCGGAUUGACGCAACACAAAGAGCGCAUUUGAGGCUCUCUCCUAUCAUCGCUCGAGACACGCUUUUAGCUUCUCCUAGUCCUUUACAGCCUCAAUUUGCAGAACUUCUUACUCCUCUUAAACUACGUAGGAAAAAGAACCGUCCUCCUGUCAAUCAGCAGCCCACUUCCAUACCUCAAGUUGCGGGACCAUCCCGACUUGGGUACUACACACUAGAUGGGGAUCUGUAUAGAGGAGCGAUCAGAGAUCCCACAACCCCACACUUACAACUAAUAGACGAAGACGCCGUCUCAUUAGGGACGAGUAGUACUUCUAGUGCAAGUUCGACAUGGUCAGAAAACCUAGAAAGAGCGAGGGCAGUCAUAGGAAGAUUUGGUGAAGCUCUGGGAGUGCGAAGAGGUAGCAACUCAUCUGGAUCGGAUUCUAGCAGUUCCAGCGAUAGUGAAUCACGUGGCGGACGAUCCUCAAUCUCUACACGUACGAAGAAAAGGAGGAGAAGGAGAGGUAGUACAAAGCUCAGUAGGAUCGAUACCGCUCUGAGUCGUCAACCUUCUGGAAGUCCCCAUCCUCCGAAAAGACAAUAUUUACCUAAACGAAGGGAGUUCACACUUCUCUUGCCUAUAAAGGACGAAGAAGCAGAUAUUGGCGUUAGAACUUCUAUAUCAUCAUCUGAUCGUGAACAAUCAACAUUGGUUGAAGAGGAUGGUAGUCCUCAAUCGCUUGGUCAGAAAAUAUAUCCUCCUGACAGAGUAGUUACCACCCCUUCCCUUCCCGUUGUGAUAGACCACAUCCGCUCUCUUCGACUGGCAAACGGUUUCCAUCCCUUAGAAACUACUCCCUUGCCAACACCUAGUGUCGCUCCCAAUAUCCCCAUCCGCAAAAGCGGCUCCGCUCCUGGACGAAGUCGGACUGCUAGAGCUCCUCCCUCUUUCAUCAACCCCCCUGUACCUUCCCGACCACUAGCUUCUCGUACUCAGUCACGCUUACAUGCGUUACGUGGAGACAUGGUGACCGAUCCUGUAAGACCAAAGUCCGUCUCAGAUUUAUUGGGCCUUGCGAAACCUGAAUCCACUGCAAGUCUUUCUUCCUUGAAAGGGGAUUAUCAACAAUCGUCCAGCCUGGGAACACCGAGUGUCGCCAAGGAAGGAUUUGAUUUUAGCAUGAAAGGAAAGGCAAAUGAGACUUGGUGGUUAGAUGUGUCGUGUCCUGGUUGGGAAGAUCUCAGAGACAUAGGCGAACUGCUUGGUCUGCAUCCGCUUACUCUGGAAGAUGUCUUGCAGCAAGAUCCUCGAGAAAAGCUAGAUCAUUUCGAUAAACUCGGUUACUAUUUCCUAGUGGUUCGUGCUUUAGAUGAAAGUUACUUCAAAUAUACACCUGGAUCUGCAAAUUAUUCAGGCGCAACGCUCGCUCAAGCCCCAGCUGCCCAUACUUCUGACACUGUACCUCAGUCAUUCGAAAUGCAAGAAAAGGAUAACCGGGAUAGUGAAAAGAAAGAAGGUAGAAGGAGAGGCUGGGGUAUGGGUCGAGCUACUGGCAAAAACGCGAGUAAAUCAGGAGAAAAAGUAGAAAUCGUUGAAGAUCACCCCGGAAAAGAAGGUUUGGAAGGUGUAGGUGUGGGAGCCGUCAAUGUGUAUCUCGUAGUAUUCACAGAUGGCAUCGUUAGCUUCCAUUUCGAAGACAUCUCUAAACAUACUAGAAGAGUUCUUGAGCGUGCUCUGAACUUCCCAAAUCCCGAUCACAAUUCCGAUUGGAUAGCGCACGGAAUUAUCGACUCUAUCGUAGAUGCCUUCUUUCCUCUGAUCCGUUAUGUUGACGGAGAAGUAGAUGAUAUCGAUUCUCUGACUAUCGACCCUACUACCGAUCCAAAGAAGACAGCCGCCAUAUUGGAGAGUGAACCUAUACCUUCGCCUCAAUCAUCUUGGAACGAGUUCGAACUAAGCGAAAAACACUUGGCGGCGAAUGAGAAACCAAGUUUAUUGCCUCAUAUGUGGAAACAACCCAUUUCUAAUGUGCAAAGGUAUGGAAUCAGAAGAACUUUGCAAGACACAUUACGUCUACCUUCAUUCAAACCUGAUUUCACUAUUCCGAUUCCGCUCCCGUUACUUUACCUGCGACUAUUUCUCUUACCAACUUCUUCGGCUGUCAGGAGAAAACAUGAACAAGUCUCUGAAGCUGUUUUCGAUCGUUCGACCAUGUUAAAACGUAUAACAGAUAUGAGAAGAUUAGUUACAGGUUUGACAAGAUUGUUAGGUGCCAAAGGCGCUGUCAUUGGUCGAUUAAGGAAAAGAUCAAGAGAAGAAGGUACGACAAUGGAAGCGUAUAUCGGUGAUGUAGAGGACCAUAUUCUCCUGCUACAAACAUCAUUAUAUCAUUACGAAUACAUCUUGUCACAUUGUCAACCUGCGUAUCUAUCACAUCUGAACGUAUCUUUUUCAUUUGCCAGGGGUGGAACGGACAAAGCUAUUUUGGCGCUGUCAACAGUAACAAUUUCGGUCUUGCCGAUGCAAUUUGUCCUCAGUUUGUUUUCGAUGAAUGCCAACGUGCCUCACAACGGAGAUGCAGACGCAGACUCACAUGAAGAAGCAAAUGGAUCGCAAUCGCCAUUUGGUUAUUUCGCCGGAAUCGUCAUUGCGAUUUUCUUAGUUGCGUGCGUGAUGGUCACUGUCAUUAGAUAUUGGAGAUGGUUAGCAAGGAAGAAAUGGUCAAGUCUUAGAGGCGCGGAAUUACCUGAAUUCUGGCAAGGCUUUUGGGGAUGGAGUUGA